UUCAAUUUGAGACUUUUGAGUACAUAUUUGAUUCUGUCGAAAGCAGAACUCUGCUCAACUCCCAAAUAGAAGAAGACAAAGCAAAAUAAAUAAAUAAAAGGCGAAUCCGGAGCCAAAGGUAGCGUACUUUUCAUUCAGAAUCGAAGCCGGAGAUCGGUGAUGGAUACCGCCGGUAAACCCCUGUCGCCGUCGGCCUCUAAGCCUUUUGAUUUCUGCGACGAUUCGGUUCCGAAGAGAGUGGUUCUAUCGCCUGAUCAGCAGCGUUAUUGCUUGGAAGCACUCAAAGUCUUUAAGGACAAGCGGUUUUCUGCUCCCGAAAAAAUCCGCCAAGAGUUCAUGAUUUUGCAGGCAACUAGGAUGAGAGCUUCAGAAAUGAAGACUAGAUGCUCAGUGGCUUUGGAUAGCGUAAACAUUAGUAAAAAUCGAUACACUGAUGUUUUGCCAUUUGACAAUAACAGGGUUGUUUUGGACCCAUGUAAAGACUAUAGGCCAUCAGCUAGUGGAUAUAUAAAUGCAAGCUUCAUUAAGAUAUCUGAAAACUUGUCUCAGUUUAUUGCAACACAAGGGCCGCUACCGCUCACUUUUGAAGACUUCUGGGAAAUGAUAAUCCAGCAUCGCUGUCCUGUGAUUGUGAUGCUUACCCAAUUGGUUGAUAAUUACAAGACGGUGAAGUGUGGGGAUUAUUUUCAGGCAGAUGGUGGUCCUAGAAGAUUUGGCAAUAUAUGUAUUGUCACGAAGUGGAUAAAGACGAGUCAGACUUCAUUGAUUUUGCGAUGUCUGGAGGUGAAUCAUAUUGAGUCAAAAGAACCACCUUUGUGUGUUUUACACAUUCAAUAUCCCGACUGGCCCGACCAUGGAGUUCCAAAGGACACUCUUGCUGUUCGUGAAAUACUGAAACAAACAUCUAGUGUCCCACCCAGUCUUGGACCAAUUGUAGUCCACUGCAGUGCAGGUAUUGGUAGGACUGGUACGUACUGUGCUAUCCAUAACACCAUCCAAAGAAUAAUGGUUGGAGAUAUGUCUGCUCUAGAUCUUGUUAAUACGAUAACUGUUUUUAGGUCUCAGCGAAUUGGGAUGGUGCAGACCAUGGAGCAAUACCUCUUUUGCUAUGAUGCCAUUAUUGAUGAACUUGAAGACCUCAUUUCAGAUACUAAUGCAGAAGAGAGUUCAUAACUGUAACUUUCAGUUAGCAGGAAGUUCAAUUGGUUAUUGAAGCAAAUACUCGCACCUAUUUGAUUUUCUUCAGCUGGAUUUAACCCGUUAACUUCUCCUAAAGUAGUUUCCUGGCCAUUCAAGGUGUUGUAUUCGAACAAAGUCCAUGUAGCUGUUUCUUCCUUUCUGCUACAAAUGAGAAAUGCAACAAUAAUUUGUGCUUAAGAAGCAAAUCAGUUGGAUCCGUUGUUUCCACUAGCUGACGAAGAAGAGAAUUGAUUUGGCAUCA